GCGCAUGGACCGCUAUACCGUUGCGCUGGGUUGCUGCGUUUCCAUGACGACGGGACGAACGGCGGGAUGGCUGUCAGGACAACAUCCGACUACGACUACGACGGCGAUGUGAUCAUUAUAUUAGUCAACAUGCCAAUAGGCAAGUGACCGGACAUUCACAACGCACUCUCUCUUUCUCUUUUUUUUCUCUUUCUCUCUCUCUCUCUCUCUCUCUCUCGAGCUCAUGAACACACAUACUACACAUCAGAUAUAUACGCGCACGUACACUCGUAAUAAUAAUCCGAUCCAUUAUCAUUUUUUUUUGUUCAUACGAAUUUUUCAACGUUUUCAGUCUGACUUUUGAUUUCGGUGGAUUUUUUUCGAAAAUAUAACAUCCGACAUUUUUGAUGACGGUCAGACCUCGGACGUCCGUUCAAUCCCGUAUAUAAUGCCCACAUCACGCACGUCGUCUUUUGAUUAACCGGCAAUCCACAAUUUUCAGGUAAAACUAUAGUCAAAUCUUAUACAUCAAAUAUGUUUGACUUUAUAAAAAUACCAUUCAAGAAAAGUAAAGAACAAAUUGUACUCCAAUCUCUUUGUGAUCAAGUAAAACAGUUUGGUUUUUGUAAAGGACCCUGUUUAGAGCGUCAUGAGUUAUGUAAACAACUUGACAAGAAUUGUCUCAAUAUUCCAUUUAAAUGUUUAGUUGGUAUUCAAUUGACAAGAAUCCUUAGUGCUUCACAUUUUUAUGGAAGGAUUCUUAAAUAUUCUACUGUAAAGGAUCCAAGAAAAGAUGAAGAUUGGAUAAAUGUUGAUGAUUUGUUUGAAGUAAUAAAAUCUGAGUUAAAAUUAAUUGGAUCAUAUUUAGACACUAAAAUUUUACAUGAAACCCCUGUUAUUGGAGAAAUGGUUAUGGUAGAAAUUGAAAAAGAAUAUUUUAGAGCAGUUAUUUUGGAUGUAAUACAUGGAUGGUUCAUGGUUAAUAUAAAAGUAAAAUUAAUUGACUUGGGACGUAAAGAAGAAAUUCCUUCUAAUAAAGUAUUUUCAUUACCAAAUCAUUUAAAAGAAUUUCGUCCUGUAGCAAUUGAAAUUAUCUUAUCUAUGGAACCAUUUGGAGAAGAAGAAUCAGUUUUAAGUUGGCCAAAUACUACAACAAAACUUGUACAAAGUUUAUUUGAACCUCUUAUUUUAACAAAUAUAGAAUUUAUUUGUAAAGUUGAACUAACAUUAGGAACAACUAUAUGGAUUGAUUGGAUUUUAGCUAAAAAAUGUAUGAAUUGUUCCCACUUGGCAUGUAAACUUUACCAAAACUCUUUAAAAUUGCCCAGGGAAUUAAUUGACCGUAAGCUUGCAAAAACAACUUCUCGACUUAUUGAUAGACUAGAAGACUUAAAUAAAAAUGCACAUGUUUGGAAAGUACAUCUAAAUAAAGAUAAGCCAAUAAAUACAUUUUUGAAUAUUCAAAAAUCUGGUUUAUCAUUAUUUUCAUGUGAAGAGAAAAAAAUUAAAAACGAUAACCCUAUUCAAGUACAAUGGGCUCAUUUAUCCGAGAAUAUGAUAUAUAAUGUAUCUGUUGAUUAUAUUGAACAUCCAAAAUGUUUUUUGGUGCGUAAUUUGCAGUUUGGUAAAAGCAUUUAUGCUCUUCAAAAGGAUAUUGAUGAAGCUAUUAAUAGUAAUACAGUUUAUCAAUUAACUUGUGCUAAUGUAGGGACAGUGUGCCUUGCUCUAUCACCUGAAGAAAAUAAGUACAAUCGUGCCCUUGUCAAACAAGUUAAAGAUCAAAUUGUUAAUAUUUUAUAUGUAGAUUAUGGUGAAUUUUGCCAAGUUAAAAUUAAAAAUCUUUUGACUAUACCAUCAAAUUUAAUAACAAAGUUACCAUUUCAAGUAAUUGAGUGCAAUUUGAGUGGGUUUAAAGAUAUUUCACAAACUGAUAUUAUUGAUCAGUUUGUUGAUCGUUUUUUCCAUCUAACGAAUACUAAUUUAUGUUUAUACGUUCUUUCUUCAUCAACAAAUGCAAAAUUAACUGGGGGUAACUAUUAUGAAAUUGUUUUGUUUAACAAUGUUAUGAACAUAAACACUACAAUGGCUGAUGACUUUAAUAUGUAUGUUGAUAAUAUGCAAAUACAAAAUAUUUCAACCUUGAAUUUUAAAUAUGAUGAAAUUGAGGAUGAUAAGUUAGAUGAAGAAGAAUUUCAUAGUCAGUUGGAAUUAUUAGAAGUUCUAUUGAAUAGUUCUACUAAAAUGGAUCAAAAAAAUAUUGAAUUAAAUUCAAAUGAUUUAAUUCAAGAUAAAAUUGAAAGUAAAAAUGUUGAAUCAAAUGAAAAAAAAACAUUACCUGAUUCGCUAAAUUUCAAUCAUGUUACACAGGAAAAUAAUAAACUGCAAAAGUAUGUUAAAACCGUGAAAAAAUAUUGUUUAGAUUGCAAUACAUCUUCAUUGAUGCCCCAAUGUUUUUGGCACCAGGAUGACAAGUGGUUAUACAUUAAAUUAGAUGUAAUUUCUGUAAAUAAUUAUGAUAUUUCACAUACAACAGAUACAAUAACAGUUAAUAUUGAAACCAAUACUAUUUCUUAUUUCUUUAAAAUUUUGUUGUUUGCAUUUAUAGUAGAGGAAUUAUUUACUUGUCAUGUAAAUUUUGAUGGAAUUUACAUAAAAGCAAAAAAACUCAUUGAAGUUAAAUAUCGAUGGCCUAGGCUUGUAAAAUGUUCAAAUAGACAUAAAUACAUUAUUUAUGACCCGGAAUAUAUAGUUGAUCAUAAAAGCAGGAAUUUAUGGAUAAGAGUAUUAAAUAAAUUUAAAAUGAAAUCUCAUGCUAAGCUGUGUAAUGUGGUAGAUUAUGACAGUGAUUCUUAUAAUAGUGAUUCUAGUGUUGAAGAAUAUACAAUUUUUGAAGAUACAUUAUAAAUACAUUUUUUUUACUG